AAGCAUUUUUAGUUCCCGAGGAAUGUAAAGCAGCCACGAGAAGUUAGGAUGGAGUUGCUAGUUUAAAAAACAAACACAGGCCUUCCUACAUAAGGACCAGGCAGCCACUGGCCACCACCCCACCAGAAGCCUCAGGCCUGCCAGACACCAUGCCCUCCCUGGGGACCCUUUGCAGCCUGCUGCUCUUCAGUGUGCUCUGGAUGGACUUGGCCUUGGCGGGCUCCAGCUUCCUGAGUCCUGAACACCAGAAAGUCCAGCAGAGAAAGGAGUCCAAGAAGCCGCCAGCCAAACUGCAGCCUCGAGCUCUCGAAGGCUCACUCCGCCCAGAAGAUACAAGUCAAGUGGAAGGGGCAGAGGAUGAGCUGGAAAUCCGGUUCAACACUCCCUUUGAUGUCGGAAUCAAGCUCUCUGGGGCUCAGUACCACCAGCAUGGCCAGGCGCUGGGGAAGUUUCUUCAAGACAUCCUCUGGGAAGAGGCCAACGAGGCCCUGGAAGAUAAGUGAUCAGCCACAAGACCAGCCCCACCUGUGUGUCCCGCAGCCUUGGCAGCACUCACCUGCUUUUACACUGUUUCUGCAACAGCUCCCAGCUCUUGAGUGGUAGACUAGCUUCAGAGGUGAAUAAACAUUCAAAUCAUA